AAGCAAUGGGUCGCAGAGAGUCAGUGUGCUCCCAAGAAGAACUAGAAGAAGAAGAACAAGCAGGAAGUGAGGGGACAGAUUAGCCUGGUUAGCUUCAGGCUAACUGUGAUGUGAGCGCCAGCAGCUGAACUGUGUGUAAACUGCGUUGACCCCAGCGGGCUGCGGGGGGGCGAUGGCUCUGAUCGAAGGCGUAGGAGACGAAGUGACGCUGCUGUUUGGUUCCCUGCUGCUCCUCAUGGUGCUGCUGCUCGCCUGGAUCUCCACCCAGACCUCCGAUGCCCCAGAGCAUCUGUUCACCUCAGCCGCAGACCCCGCCCCCUCACUUAGGACCGGCCCCAUACACCAAGACACGCCCCCCACUGCCAGCACCUCCUCUUCAUCCCCCUCCAGCUCUGUUAGUGACAGCUCUCUGACCGACGCUCCCACCGCCCCCCCUCAGGAGGAGAAGGACGAGCAGCGAGGAGAUGGGGGGGGGGAGAGGCUGGAAGGGGCGGGCGAUGGUGUGAGGAACCGAGGGGGAGGGGAGGAGUCUCCGCCCUCUCAGAGGAACAUGGUCGUCAGACUGAAGUUCCUCAACGACACAGAGAGAACGGCUCAGGUCCAACCACAGGACACCAUCGGGUACAUCAAACGGACCUACUUUGCGGGUCAGGAGCAGCAGGUGCGGUUAAUCUAUCAGGGUCAGCUGCUUCAGGAUGAUGCUCAGACUCUGGCCUCUCUGAACCUCGUCCACAACUGCGUCCUGCACUGUCACAUCUCCCAGCAUGCCGGACGGGGGGGGGCGGGGGGGCCGCGGCCGGCCGAUCAGGUGGCUGUGGCCCUGAACGUAGGCAGCCUGAUGGUCCCGCUGCUGGCUCUCAUGCUGUCUGUGCUGUGGUACUGUCAGAUCCAGUACCGGCAGUUCUUCACCGCCCCGGCCACCGCCUCACUGGUCGGAGUCACCAUCUUCCUCAGCCUGGUUGCCUUCGGAGUGUACCGCCGCUAGCUGCUCUCUGAUAGGCUGUUGUGAUGAUGUCGGCAGCCAGGUGUGGCGCACACUCGCAUAUGCUCUCUCUGUGACCUCUGACCUCAGAGCCGAACAGGACUCGAAGCUGCGUGAGAUCAAAGACGCUGAGAGAGCUAAUGUUUGUUUUUGUUUCUGUUGCCAUGGAGAUGGAGUGUAAACAAGGACUUUCAUUUUUGUUUUUUUAAUCUAGUUUGUGUAGGCUCUUUUACCUGUCUGUCUGCUCACCUGUCUGUCUGCUCACCUGUCUGUCUGCUCACCUGUCUGUCUGUCUGCUCACCUGUCUGUCUGCUCACCUGUCUGUCUGCUCACCUGUCUGUCUGCUCACCUGUCUGUCUGCUCACCUGUCUGUCUGCUCACCUGUCUGUCUGUCUGCUCGCCUGUCUGUCUGCUCGCCUGUCUGUCUGCUCACCUGUCUGUCUGCUCACCUGUCUGUCUGCUCACCUGUCUGUCUGCUCACCUGUCUGUCUGCUCACCUGUCUGUCUGUCUGCUCGCCUGUCUGUCUGCUCGCCUGUCUGUCUGCUCGCCUGUCUGUCUGCUCACCUGUCUGUCUGCUCACCUGUCUGUCUGCUCACCUGUCUGUCUGCUCACCUGUCUGUCUGCUCACCUGUCUGUCUGCUCACCUGUCUGUCUGCUCACCUGUCUGUCUCAUUAAAGCUUUUGAAGAGAGAAAUCUAUUAAACAUUAAUUUAUCUUGUU